AAUAAAACAGCUUUACGUGAGCUUGCAUUUUCGACGUAAACGAAUUGUCAUUCACAUUCAUUCAUUUAGAAAAUCCACGAACUCACAAAGAUUUCUUGAAAUAUAUUGAGUACAGUCAAUGAAUCUAGUUUUCUAAAACACAAGUUAUAAGAGCAUAAUGGACCGUCUUUUACGUCUCGGUGGAGGGAUGACGGGGCUGUCGCAGGCGCCCCCGCCUACCGACGCUCCGGUGGUGGACACCGCCGAACAAGUGUACAUUUCGUCUUUGGCCCUUCUUAAAAUGUUGAAACAUGGCCGUGCUGGUGUACCCAUGGAGGUUAUGGGUCUUAUGUUAGGUGAAUUUGUGGAUGACUACACAGUGCGCGUGAUAGACGUAUUUGCAAUGCCUCAGACAGGUACUGGUGUGUCAGUAGAGGCCGUAGAUCCAGUCUUUCAAGCUAAGAUGUUGGACAUGCUGAAGCAAACAGGACGCCCAGAAAUGGUGGUUGGCUGGUACCACUCACAUCCUGGAUUUGGUUGUUGGCUGUCAGGCGUGGACAUCAACACACAGCAGUCGUUCGAGGCCCUCUCCGAGCGCGCGGUCGCCGUCGUCGUCGACCCCAUCCAGUCCGUCAAAGGCAAAGUCGUCAUCGAUGCAUUCCGUCUCAUCAACCCCAACAUGAUGGUCCUCGGCCAGGAGCCCAGGCAGACCACCUCCAACUUGGGACAUCUACAAAAACCCUCAGUACAAGCUCUAAUCCAUGGCCUUAACCGUCAUUACUACUCCAUCAGUAUAAACUACCGUAAGAACGAACUGGAACAGAAAAUGCUGCUGAAUCUCCAUAAAAAGUCCUGGAUGGAUGGACUCACGCUAUCAGACUAUAAGGAGCACUGUGCGAUCAACGAGACCACAGUCACAGACAUGUUAGACCUGGCCAAGAAUUAUAACAAGGCCUUAGAAGACGAGGAAAAGAUGACGCCCGAGCAGCUCGCCAUCAAGAAUGUAGGCAAGCAGGACCCCAAGAGGCAUUUAGAAGAGAAAGUAGAUGUCCUAAUGUCAAACAACAUAGUUCAAAAUCUAGGAGCGAUGCUGGACACCAUGGUGUUCAAAUGAUCGUGGCGAGGGACGUUUUGUACCGUACAGUGUUAUUUAAGGCUAUAAAGUGGCAAAUAAAGGAAUCCAUUCUCGCAGUACACCGUGUCUCAUGUCCACUUGUGUAUAAUACUUAUAUAUUAUUAUGUAUUACUUAAUUGUAUCGCAAUAAAACAAUUCUUUUUUUAA